UUUAUGACAAAAAUUGCUUUCCACGCUCAGAGUGAUUAUUACGCGAACUAUUUUCUUGGCGGGAACAACUUUCGGAAAGAUUUCGGAAUAAAAUUUAUGGAUAUACUGUCAAAGCUGUCAAAUGUUAUGUGAUUGCGCGGUAAAAGAAAAAUAAAAACAAAGAUUGAUUUUCGAUAUUUUUAAUAAUUUUUCGUGAAAACUGAAAUGAAAGCAUUAAGUACGCGCGAGCAGGAGUUUAUAAUAAAUGAAGUGCGUGAAAACCCUUGUAUUUGGGACCUUAAUUGUCCUGAAUAUCGUAAUGUGGUCGCGAAAGAUAGAGUGUAUGGAAAAAUAGCAAAGAAACUUCAAAAACCUCCCAAAAAAAUUAUCAAGGCAUGGUCUGCGCUGAAGGAAAAGUACAAGAAAGAAAAGGAAAAGGAGAAAGCAUUGAAACCACGAUCGGGGGCAGCAGGAGGGAGGAAAUACAUUAUCAAGUCUUGGGACCUAUUUGAAAACAUGACAUUCCUCGACAAAAUUUUGAUAAAGAAAUCUACUGAAGAAUCAGUUUCCGUCGUAUUUCCUGAGAGCAAGGCUGGGAUUUCCUCUCAAAUAAAAUCAGAUAUCCUAGAGCUGGAUUCUCAUUCAUCAAGUGAUAACAUAAUUUUACUUGAUAGUCCCAGGGCUGUUGAAAAUAGUUGUGAUCCAAUUUGUUACCAAACUGUUGAAGAGAUUCCCUACCAAGUGUCCAACCGAGCUCGUGAAUAUUUAAGUCAGAACCCAGGACAAUCUUUUGGAUCUUCAAAUUGCACUCUCCCAAAUCAAGUGUCAACUCAAAUUUCCAAUAAAGUUUCCAGCCAAGCUCAUAAACCUUCUACUCAGACAAAAGGGUCUUCUUUUGAGACUCCCAUCACCAUGUUUCCAGUACACGUGUCUGUUUCGGCAUCCAACAGAGUGCCAAUCAAGCUACUAAACCUCUAA